AUGCCCAGAAAACCCUUCCCGCUCCUCGCGGGGCAAGUACCCGCUAGUAGGGAAGAACGAUCCUUUGAACCAGAGACGCACCCACAGAACGAGUCGCUACCAACGAAGCUUGAAGAAUGCCUGAACGACGGCUCCUUUCCCAGCCUCCUCCUCGUCCAUGACACUAGUCGCUGUACUUCCAUCGAAGCGGUCAAGCCGCUUUCAAAUACAACAAAAUCUUCGCCUACUAAUGCCCUAUACUCGCAUUACACUGGCGUUCUCAAAGGCCAGGAAAACCAGACAACAGUUGCGCCAGAGGAUCUCGAAGCACCCAAACAUUAUCGGGGAGGCGCAUUGACACUAUCGUUCCGGAAUCUUGUCGGGGUGAGUGGCCACGGUGCGGUCUAUCGCGCUUCUCUCAGGCUUCCAGAUGUUGUGGACGUGAACGGGCGAUCAAAGACAGGAGAGGUAGCGGUGAUUGCAAAGCUGAAUUACCUUGUAUCCCACAACAGCGAAAACAACGCCCAAAUGCUAAAGAAGGAAGCGACAAUUCUCGGAGGAUCUUUGAAAAUGAGCGAACUGCAGCAGGAGGCAUGCCUUUGCCUAUCUCAUAGCAAAUCAAGAGAUGCCGUCACUAUGCUGCAUCAUAAGGGACAUUGCAAUCCUCAUCUUGUCAUGCAACCCGCUGUGCCCAAGUUCUACGGCUACUAUUGUGGACAAAGCCUAGAGACACAUAUGAAGGCGAACAGCAAGAAGAGAGUGCCUGUGAAUGAGAUCAGAGCCCUCUACGAGCGGCUCCAUGACGCCCACUUCAUGCAUGGCUCUGUAUACCCCCGCAACAUUGCCAUACAACCGGGCCCGCUAUCUUCUCCUCCAACAGACCGAUCUAUGAAUACGCCGAGCUUCAGAAUCAUUGACCUGGGGCGCGCUAGACAUAAGAGUGAUUACAAAGAUCAGUCGAUGUUCCGAGCCUAG